ACGAACCAGCAGCCUUCACUAUUAAAGUGAUAUUAUAUUUGUGCUGAAAAAUCAACUCCAAUUAUUGCUUGCAAGAUUUAGAACAGUUGCUCCGAUCUAACAACUCUGAAUUAUUAGCCAGGAAGUUGUUCACAAGUAGCUAACCAAGUCUUGGAAUCUUGACUUUACUCACUCUGUUCCGUUUGACCAAUUCUGUGAUUGAUUGGUUAUGAUUUUCUUUCUAUCUCUGCAUUUCUUCAGGCACAGGACACUAAUGGUGGAGGAAGGGAUCUUAUCAAAGCUACCAAAGAACGCCAAAUUUGCAGCAAUGGACUCAACCAGCCAUGAAUUCGCAGAACUUUUAUGUUCACUUUCUUCUCUGGCCAACACUCGGGUGUUCAUUGCUUCAACAGAACCAGCUAUUUUAUAUCUCUUAACCAUACUCAAUUCAGAAUCCAACCCAAACACGAACCCCAGCCCCAAAACCAAAACAUUUUGUUUGGCAGCUUUAUUCAACAUUUCCACCGUCCUAGAGAAUGCAGAAACCUUAAUCUCCAAUGGUGUUAUUCCAACGCUACUCAGAUUCUCUUCUCUCAAAGAACAUUCCGAGAAAGCCCUACCAACACUAGCAAACUUGGCAGUGAGCUCAAGAGGAAAGCAAGCUCUGGAAAGCAACUCAACGUUCCCAGAGAUUUUGAUAGAGGUCAUGACAUGGGAAGAGAAGCCCAAAUGCCAAGAACUCUCAGCUUACAUCAUAAUGAUUCUUGCCCAUCAAAGCUGGGCGUUAAGAGAGAGAUUGGCCAAGUCCAGGAUCGUCCCUGCACUGCUAGAAUUAGCCCUUUUAGGGACCCCAUUGGCUCAAAAGCGAGCUUUGAAAUUGCUGCAAUGGUUUAAAGACGAGAGACAGGCGAGAGUGGGGCCGCAUUCAGGGCCUCAGACAGGAAGAGUUGCAGCAGGCUCAGCAUUUAAUAAAAAAGAGAUUGAGAAAGGGAAGAGAAUGAUGAGAAGCCUGGUGAAGCAGAGUCUGGAUAAGAAUAUGGAGAUAAUAACUCGACGAGCCAAUGGAGGGGAAUGUUCUAGUCCAACCAUUAGAAGAACCUUGGUUUCCAGCAAUAGUUCCAAGAGUUUGCCCUUUUGAAGAAAUACAUUUAUGAAGUAUUAUCUGCCCGUCUGUAAUUUAUUGUCAUCUUCUGCAGGUCACCAAAUCCAGAAAAUGGAAAAACUGAACCUCACAGUUGAAACUGCAUUGAGGGCUUAAACCACUUUGUCCAUUGCCGAA